GGCCUUAUGAAAGAGAAAGGAGAGUGUGGAGUGAGGUGGGAAGGUCGGACCCGGCUUUAGUGUAAACUGGGAGAUAUGAGGGGCAGGGCGGUGGAGCCCGAGUGGCUGGCGCAGGAAGGAGGUGGGAAGUCCACGGAAACGCGAAACCCGGAGACGCGAGGGAGCCCUGCUCCCCACCCCUCUCCAUUAAUGACGGGGAAGAGCCACCGCCUCUGCUGGGAACGCCAAGGAAUACGCGGGCCUGGAGCCUGAAAAGCUGGGUGGGGCUCAAGUGGAGGCCCAAAGGAUCACUAGCAGCCUAGCCAGGGUCCAGAGAGAGGCAGGGACUGGAGGAGCGCUUAUCCGACUGCCUCGCCCUGCCGCGGGAUCCCCCAACCCCGACAGGGUCUCAGUCCCGAACUACAACUCCCGGGGUGCACCGCGCCGGCCCUCGCCGCCACGCCCCUCCUUCCCGCACCAUCCCCAUUCCCAUCCCCCUUCUCUAGUCCCCGACCUGCGGCAGCCGGAGCUCGGGGAGCGGAGCGUGGUGGGGAGGGGAGCGGGACAGGCGACACAGGAGACAGCGGCGCCGCGGCCUCUCCCCACCAGGCGGCCCCGGAUCCCACUGGACGCCCUGAGGGCACACCGACCGCGCCUCUAGAGUCACCCCACGCCGACCCCUCCCCUCUUCUCUAGACUUAUUUCCAUCCUUCCCGCUUUUACCCUCCCCACCCCUCCCUGGGCUCCAGGCCGCCGCCCCCUCCUCACUCCUGGACCGGCCCUUCUCGGUGCCCCUCUUCCCUAGGGAGAUGCGAUGAGCCGGUGCCCCCGCGUCCUCAUCGUCGCCGCGGGCACGGUGCCCGUCCAGUGCCCGUGGUGGGGAGGGAGCACUCCGCGGUCCCUCCGUGACGCCCCUCGCUUGGCCCCCCCCACAGCUGGCGUCCCUCGGCCAUGCCCCAGGGGACCCAGCCAGGGGGUGGGCUCUAGAGCGAGUGGGGUGGAGAGGAGAAAGGACGGGGCCUUGGGCGCCUCUGAGAUGCUCCCAAGUGCCAGGGAGGGCCGAGCGAGGCGCAGGCAACCGGGCAGCAGGCAUGAUGCCCUCGCCUAGUGACUCCAGCCGCUUGCUGACCAGCCGGCCCAGCACCAGGGGCCUUACCCACCUCCGCCUCCACCGACCCUGGCUGCAGGCCCUGCUUACGCUGGGGCUGGUCCAAGUGCUCCUGGGCAUCCUGGUGGUCACCUUCAGCAUGGUGGCCUCUUCCGUCACCACCACCGAGAGCAUCAAGAGGUCCUGCCCGUCUUGGGCUGGGUUCUCGAACCUGCUCUUCAGCGUCUGUGGGCUCACCAUUUGUGCCGCUAUAAUCUGUACACUCUCUGCUAUUGUCUGCUGCAUCCAAAUCUUCUCCCUGGACCUCGUGCAUACGCUGGCCCCUGAGCGGUCAGUCUCAGGCCCACUGGGACCUCUGGGCUGCACGUCCCCGCCCCCAGCCCCUCUCCUACACACCAUGCUGGACCUGGAGGAAUUUGUCCCGCCUGUGCCCCCACCGCCCUACUAUCCCCCAGAGUAUACCUGCAGCUCAGAAACAGAUGCACAGAGCAUCACGUACAAUGGCUCCAUGGACAGCCCAGUGCCCUUGUACCCUACCGAUUGCCCCCCUUCUUAUGAGGCGGUCAUGGGGCUACGAGGAGACAGCCAGGCCACUCUCUUUGACCCUCAGCUUCACGAUGGCUCGUGCAUCUGUGAGCGAGUGGCCUCCAUUGUAGACGUGUCCAUGGACAGCGGGUCUCUGGUGCUGUCAGCCAUUGGUGACCUCCCUGGGGGCUCUAGCCCGUCGGAGGACUCGUGCCUGCUGGAGCUGCAGGGCUCCGUGCGCUCCGUGGACUACGUGCUCUUUCGCUCCAUCCAGCGCAGCCGUGCCGGCUACUGCCUCAGCCUGGACUGUGGCCUGCGGGGCCCCUUCGAGGAAAGCCCCCUGCCACGGCGCCCCCCACGGGCCGCCCGCUCCUAUUCCUGCUCUGCCCCUGAAGCUCCACCCCCACUGGGUGCCCCCACAGCUGCCCGCAGCUGCCACCGGUUGGAGGGCUGGCCGCCCUGGGUGGGACCCUGCUUCCCCGAGCUGAGGCGGCGGGUCCCCCGGGGAGGGGGCCGCCCAGCCGCAGCCCCGCCCACCCGAGCCCCGACUCGUCGCUUCAGCGAUAGCUCAGGUUCCCUCACCCCACCGGGGCACCGGCCUCCUCAUCCGGCAUCCCCACCACCGCUGCUGCUGCCACGGUCCCACAGCGACCCAGGCAUCACGACCUCCAGUGACACUGCUGACUUCAGGGACCUUUAUACCAAAGUGCUUGAGGAAGAAGCUGCUUCUGUUUCCUCUGCAGAUACAGGGCUCUGCUCUGAAGCCUGCCUCUUCCGCCUAGCCCGCUGCCCUUCCCCCAAGUUGCUACGUGCCCGGUCAGCCGAGAAACGGCGCCCUGUGCCCACCUUCCAAAAAGUUCCCCUGCCCUCGGGCCCUGCACCUGCCCACUCCCUGGGGGACCUAAAGGGCAGCUGGCCAGGUCGGGGCCUGGUCACUCGUUUCCUCCAGAUAUCCAGGAAAGCCCCAGACCCCAGUGGGACUGGAGCUCAUGGACAUAAGCAGGUGCCCCGGAGCCUGUGGGGCCGGCCUGGCCGAGAGAGCCUCCACCUUCGCAGCUGUGGAGAUCUGAGCUCUAGCUCUUCCCUGCGGCGUCUCCUGUCUGGCCGCAGGCUGGAGCAUGGUACCCGCCCCCACAGCCUCAGCCUCAACGGGGGCAGCCGGGAGACUGGGCUCUGACCUGGGCUUCUUGUCACACUGAACACAUCCAGCCACAGGCACCAGCUGGUUGGGACCAGCAGCCCCCAGCAUCCUCUUGCACUGGCUGGCACAAAAAGAAACCUGCUGUAUACCCCCCAAAGUGUCCCUUUCCCUCCUACCUCUGGGGUCUCUUGCUGCUUGCCUCUGCUGCUCUGGACUGGGAGAGCUUCUGUCCUGUGCUGCAUGGGUAUUUAGGCUGUGGGGGAGAUGCCCCUGCUUAUAGCACUGGAGGAGGAAAACAAAUUCUUGUCCCCCCCAGAAUGAGAGUGGCUCUUUCUGAUUUGCAAGGGCACUGUGGUCAGGACAAAGGCAUGGCCCAGGUGUUUAAGUACAGGGUGACGUGUGCCUAUGCAAUGGGGUGGUAAGGCAGGCACGAAGAGUCCAAAAAAUCUAGGUGGCCUCUCAGCUCUGCCACCUCUAGCUGCAUGACCUUGGGCAAGCUAUGUAACCCCAAUUGCCUGAUCCAUUAAAGACUGUGAAGGUAGAAUGUUUGUAAAGCUCUUAACAGUAUGUAAGCCUUCAAUAAAUUUCAGUUUUCCCCUUCUUUUCUUGAUCA